CAGUGUAGCUAUUGUUUGCCAACCAGUGUUCGGGAGAGUUUUCCGCAGAUAAGGAAACUGGGUAACUACGCUCUUAGCUCGCCACCCACCUGCUGAAUAUUUAGAAUUCUCAAUUUGUAAGUGAGGGUUGAGCCUCUAACGAAGAACAAAGUCGAACCUGGAAAGAAACUUUGCAUUAAGAAAAGGGAGUCUUGCAAGAGGGCGUCGUUCAAAUGUUUUAGCCGACAAAGUUCCUUUCUGAAAAGUUUCCCUCGUCAGCGACGGAUUUACAGCAAGCGCAACGAUGCCUUUGGGACUUAGGAAAAAGAAGAACAAGAUGAGGGAGAGCUCGAACUUGGUUGAAAACGAAGAGCAUGUUGGAAGCGGUGCUAAGUCUGUGGUCAACGGAGCUGGACUGCCACCUCCGCCUGUCAAUCUCCGACCCAAGCUGGUGUUUCACACGCAGCUAGCCCACGGUAGUCCCACCGGCAGGAUCGAGGGCUUCACAAAUGUGAAGGAGCUGUACUCCAAAAUAGCAGAUGCUUUCAAUUUAAGCGCACCUGAGAUUCUCUUCUGCACCCUGAACACUCACAAGAUUGACAUGGAGAAGCUUCUGGGGGGACAGAUAGGCCUGGAGGACUUCAUCUUCGCCCAUGUCAAAGGGCUGAAGAAGGAGGUGGAGGUGUUCAAGGCCGAAGACGCCCUGGGCCUCACCAUCACGGACAACGGAGCUGGAUACGCAUUCAUAAAGCGCAUCAAAGAGGGCAGCGUGGUGGACGGGGUGAAGGUCAUCUCCGUGGGCGACCACAUAGAGUGCAUCAACGGGAGGACCAUCGUGGGGAGCCGCCACUACGAGGUGGCCCGUAUGCUGAAGGAGCUUCCCCGGGAGCAGGCCUUCACCCUAAAGCUGGUGGAGCCCAUGAAGGCUUUCGAUAUGCUUGAGCCGAGGUCAAGGGGCUCGAAGCCUGGCGGAGAGGGCAAGAUCGGCACUGGUCGGGGAACGCUCAGGCUGCGGUCGAAAGGCCCUGCGACCGUGGAGGAAAUGCCCACCGAGUUCGAGGAAAAGGCCGUGAAGAAGGUGGAUGACCUUCUGGAGAGCUACAUGGGAAUCCGUGACAUGGAGCUAGCUGCCACCAUGGUGGAGGUGGGCAGGGACAAGAUGAACCCGGACGAGUUCGCCAUGGCUUUGGACGAGGCCCUGGGGGACUUCGCCUUCCCGGACGAGUUCGUCUUCGACGUGUGGGGGGCCAUCGGAGACGCGAAGCAGGGCCGGUUCUAACCCCCCCCCCCCCGCACGCGUGGACGGGCCUCCGCCGAAAGCUAUGGACAGAGGGGCGGUCUUUAGGGCGUGCUUUUCGCAUCACACACUUUAAAGCUUCUAGUGUCAGUUCUGCAAUGCCACCACAGGGAUAAGGUACAAAAUGUGCUUUUGGGGUUAUUUUUUUUAUUUUAUUAUAUAUUUUUUUGUACUCAUACGGUACUAGCUGUCUGGUCACCAAAAGUACUGCUGCUCUAAUUUCAUUCACUAUAUUCCCUUUUUUUUUUUUUCAUUUGAUAAUUGCAAGUAAGAGGCACAUAUUUUCAGAAAGCUCCCGUUGUAUUUACAGUUGUCUUAAGACUGAUUUCCUAAGUCUUCAAAGCACCCAGGCUGCCAGCUUCUCUGCUGGUAAACCCUAAUGGUCUGUAUGAACAGCUGCCCAACCUUUCCCCCUCUCUUACUUUAUUAGAUGAUUUGAUCCUUAUUUUGGUCAUUUAGAGAUGAUCGAUGUGUGAUGAAAUACAGUUUGGUCCCGUUUGAAACGUUUUGUUUCUGCCAUGCCAGGCCUGGUCGACCAGGCUACGAGACUGAGGAGGGGAGGACCAGGACGGAAAGAUGAAAGGGUUUAUUUGUGAAUUCUCUUGUGUCUCGCGGUUUACCUUAAUUUGCUGGGUGUUGUUGUGGCCUUGCGGGAGUCAACUUUGAAUAUUACAAAAUAUUCCAAAUAGAACAUUCCUCUACAAUUAUGGUGCAUUUGCCAUAUUUCAGUAAAACACUGGCUAUUUAGAAAUGUGAUAAUUUGACUCUCACCAAGCUCAUUGUCUUGUUUUUUAUGGAAAUUGUAACUAGUGAGAAGUAAUGGCACAUUUAUAAUUUUAGAUAACACUCUUCGUAUUUUUAUUUUAGUUGCCUCUUGUACAGAUUUCUUAUAUAGAAUUAUACUGUGAUAGAUAUUUUUUCUUAAAUUAUUUGUUUGAUGAAUGGUUUUGUGAUGACUGGAAAAUAUUUCUAAGAUGUCAAUCUUUAGCUUUAGAAUGAAUAAAGGUAAUCAAUAUUUCUCUUA